UCGGCCAUGUUGGGUGUAUGUUACAGCAGGAAUGUGUAUAUCAACAAAGGGAUCGAGCAUAAUAUGUGACUUGUGAUCAAUAAAUCCUGGCUGAUUAAUAGACGGUGUAUUUGUCAGGAGAAGUGACAAGAACAGAAAUACAUGAAGCAAAGCUAUGAAGAAAUCUUUUAAUAACAGAAGCAAGGAGUCCAACUCUAAUAAAUCAAGCAUUUUCUUAGAUACCUAUAUGUUCUCAAAUGAGACAGUAAACAUAAACCCCAAACCUUUCUCAUGUUCUGAAUGUGGAAAAUGUUUUGGGCAGCAUUCAACUCUUGUUACACAUCAGAGAAUUCACAAAGGAGAGAAACCAUUCUCAUGUUCUGAAUGCGGAAAAUGUUUUAUUCAUCAUUCAGACCUUGUCAGUCAUCAGAGAACUCACACAGGAGAGAAACCCUUCUCAUGUUCUGAAUGUGGAAAAUGUUUUGUCCAAAAUUCAGCGCUUGUCCGUCAUCUGAGAACUCACACAGGAGAGAAACCAUUCUCAUGUUCUGAAUGUGGAAAAUGUUUUGUAACCAAAGCAGACCUUCUCCGUCAUCAGAGAACUCACACAGGAGAGAAACCAUUCUCAUGUUCUGAAUGUGGAAAAUGUUUUGUCCAAAAUUCAGCGCUUGUCUGUCAUCUGAGAACUCACACAGGAGAGAAACCAUUCUCAUGUUCUGAAUGUGGAAAAAGUUUUUUCGCCAAAGCAGAACUUCUCCGUCAUCAGAGAACUCACACAGGAGAGAAACCAUUCUCAUGUUCUGAAUGUGGAAAAAGUUUUUUCACCAAAGCAGAACUUCUCCAUCAUCAGAGAACUCACACAGGAGAGAAACCAUUCUCAUGUUCUGAAUGUGAAAAAUGCUUUGGGCAACAUUCAAAACUUGUUAGACAUCAGAGAACUCACACAGGAGAGAAACCAUUCUCAUGUUCUGAAUGUGGAAAAGGCUUCAUCACCAAAGCAGAGAUUGUCCGCCAUCAGAGAACUCACACAGGAGAGAAACCAUUCUCAUGUUCUGAAUGUGGAAAAUGCUUCAUCACCAAAACAGAGAUUGUAAGUCAUCAGAGAACUCACACAGGAGAGAAACCAUUCUCAUGUUCUGAAUGUGGAAAAUGUUUUGUCACCAAAGCAGAUCUUCUCCGUCAUCAAAGAAUUCACACAGGAGAGAAACCCUUCUCAUGUUCUGAAUGUGGAAAAUGUUUUAGGCAACAUUCAGAACUUGUCAGUCAUCAGAGAACUCACACAGGAGAGAAACCAUUCUCAUGUUCUGAAUUUGGAAAAUGUUUUAGGGAUCACUAAAGUCUUGUCAGACAUCAGAUAAGUCACACAGGAGAGAAGCCUCUUUAAUGUAGUAAAUUUGGGGAAUGUUUUGCCAGUAAAUCAGAGCUUGUUAGUCAUCAGAGAACUCACACAGGUGAAGUGAUUUUAUAAUGCAUCUA